AUGUUCUUGAGAAACGUUGCAAAGCAAUCCGUUAGAGCUAUGUCCAAAUUGACUCCCGUGGCUACCAAGCUAUCGCCACCCGCUGCGGCCUCCUACUCCCAGGCCAUGAAGGUCAACAACUUGAUCUUCGUGUCCGGCCAGAUCCCUUACACUGCUGAAAACAAGCCUGUGGAAGGUUCUAUCGGCGACAAGGCCGAACAGGUGAUCAAGAAUGUCAGCAACAUCCUGAAGGAGGCCAACUCCAACUUGAACAAUGUCGUUAAGGUCAACAUUUUCUUGGCAGACAUCAAGGAUUUCGCCGAGUUCAACGUUGUCUACGCCAAGUACUUCAACGAACACAAACCGGCCAGAUCCUGUGUUGCUGUUGCCGCUCUUCCAUUGAACGUGGACUUGGAAAUGGAGGUCAUUGCCAUUGAGCAGGAUUAA